CCCGGCCCCGGCGCCGCCAUGGAGCUGGAGCCGCCCGCCGAGCUCCCGGAGCCGCGCGGCGCCGCCAAAGGACCGGCCCGCAACGCUACGGAUGUGGAGCAGAUGAGUUCUUCUCCUGUCCUUCCUAUGAACUCCAUGGCCAAUGACCGGGUUGAUCAGCGAACCUGCCUGAUCUGCGGGGACAGAGCUACGGGUCUGCACUAUGGCAUCAUCUCCUGCGAGGGCUGCAAGGGGUUCUUCAAAAGGAGCAUUUGCAACAAGCGGGUUUACAGAUGCAGCCGAGACAAGAACUGUGUCAUGUCUCGCAAGCAGCGCAACAGAUGCCAGUACUGCCGGCUGCUCAAAUGCCUCCAGAUGGGGAUGAACAGGAAAGCAAUCAGAGAGGAUGGCAUGCCAGGAGGAAGAAACAAAAGUAUUGGACCUGUCCAGAUAUCGGAGGAGGAGAUUGAAAGAAUUAUGUCCGGACAAGAAUUUGAGGGAGAGGCAAACAUGUCAUGGAGCAACAAUGGAGACAGCGACCACAGUUCCCCUGGAAAUGGAGUUUCUGAGAGCAACCAGCCUUCACCUGUGUCUACUCCAUCUUCAAGUAGGUCCGUGGAGCUGAACGGAUUUGCUGCACUCAGGGAUCAAUAUAUUGGGACGCCAGUGUCCACGCACUAUCAGUACCUCCCGCACCUUUUUAGCUAUUCUGCUCACUCGGCUCUGGUGCCCCCCCAGGCGCGCAGCCUGGACCCCCAGUCACACAGCCUGAUCAACCAGCUGGUGUCAGCGGAGGACCUGGAGCCACUCGGCACGCCGAUGCUCAUUGAAGACGGGUAUAAAGUGACUCAGGCAGAGCUGUUUGCAUUGUUGUGUCGUCUGGCGGAUGAAUUGCUGUUCAGGCAGAUUGCUUGGAUCAAGAAGCUGCCGUUCUUUUGUGAACUCUCAAUCAAGGACUAUACCUGCCUGCUCAGCUCCACCUGGCAGGAGCUGAUCCUGCUUUCCUCGCUGACUGUUUACAGCAAACAGAUCUUUGGUGACCUCGCAGACGUCACCUCCAAAUACUCGCCCUCUGAUGAUGAGCUGCACAGAUUCAGUGAAGAGGGGAUGGAGGUGAUGGAACGGUUGAUCUACCUCUUUCGCAAAUUCAACCAGUUGAAGGUCAGCAACGAGGAGUAUGCAUGCAUGAAAGCCAUUAACUUCCUAAAUCAAGACAUUAGGGGUUUAACCAAUGCAUCCCAACUAGAGCAGCUGAAUAAGCGGUACUGGUACGUUUGCCAGGACUUCACAGAGUACAAAUACCCGCACCAGCCAAACCGUUUUCCAGAUCUAAUGAUGUGUUUGCCAGAGAUACGAUAUAUUGCAGGAAAGAUGGUGAAUGUCCCACUGGAGCAGCUGCCUCUCCUUUUUAAGGCCGUUCUGCAUUCCUGCAAGACAAGUGUGAGCAAAGAGUGAGCCCAGCUUGCCUCCGGCCCAUGCCUUACUCUGUGCCUCAGGCAGGGAGCGGGCUCACCUCCAGAUGAUGGGGGAAAAGUGAUCAAGGCAGGAGGGAGGUGCUGAGACAGGGACAGGGUGUCCCUGCCAUUGUAGCAAGAAUCUUUUGUUUGUUUUUUUGUUUUCUUUUUGUUUUUUGGUUUUUUUUUACUCUUUUUCCUUAUAUAUUUAUUUCACGACAGAGUUGAAUGUAUGAUCUUCAACACGAUGCACAUGGUUCUGUAUGAAUGCAGCAGAUGCAUUCUCCAGCAGUUUACAGAAUGUGAAGAUGUUUAAGGUUGCAGUGUUUGUUAGGGUUAGUUCUUUUGUAUUUUGGGGCUGGGGACUGAGAUGACUAAGACUACCUCAAGGAGAAGAUGCUGUUCGCACACUGCUCUUUUCAUCGUUUGUAUCCAUUAGUGUUUGUGGUAGGAUGCAAACUGCCUCACCUCAUUGACAGAGCUGUCAGUUAUCCCAGAUGGACAAUGUUGGAAAAGGGGGUGUUAGAGAAGUGCCAAGCUUGGUUUGUUUGUUUAAAAAAAAAAAAAAAAAACCAAAAAAAAAAACAACCCAAAAAACAAAACCAAAAACCCUUAAAAAAAAAAAAACAACUGGAAAAAAAAAUAAAAAAGGGAAGAGGACAGGGAGUGGAGAUGAAGGGAAAGUCUGUCUGGCCAGUAGGUUUCUCUUCCUCCAGCAGUUCUCAGCUGCAGGCGGCAGUGCCUGUGGUUCUCUUGAAUCCUGCCACCAGGAUUGCAGGGUUCCCACACCAAGAAGGGCUCUCACCCCCACUCUCAGCUCAAUCUGUGGGAUGGUGAGCUGCCCUCCUUUCAUAGCCUCCCCAGCUGGGCUGUCCCUGUUGCUGCAACACCUUUGUGUUUAAUUGAAACUGUGCUGCUGCAGUUGAUAGCAGGCUUCCGACAUGGCAGCAGUAAGCUACUCCUGUUGAGAGAGUGAGAAUUGUAAAUAAUUUCUAAUUGAUUCUUUAACAUCCAUUUUAGUGUUCAUAAAAAGAGGAAAAACCUACUGAGGGAAGAGUCAGGGUUGCCCCUUUUAGUGUGUUCCCCCAAGAUGUCAUUAACUGCUGAGGAGACUUCUGCAUUACAGCCAUCAGAAGCAGCAUUUCUGGGAACUAACUUACCCCGAGGUGAAAUGCAGCCUGCAUAAUGGUGAGAAAGGAGUCCAGGAUCCUCUGGCAUGGCUUCCUCCGCUGGACUCGGGGAGUGCAUGAUCCAUAGUUGUAUCCUGCUGGGACAGUUUUGUUUAGUGGAAUCCCUUCUUACCAGGAAAAACUGAUAUGACUACAGAACUUGGUGAGCUGUUUGUCCCAGGUGUUGCAAGGCUUAGGUUUUCCAUCUAGCAACCUCCACACCACGUCAGUGCAUGGAGGAAUGGCUUAGUGACAGCCAGUUUGCUGUCUGAGUAAUUGCUCAAUCCUGGCAUUUGUCUCAGUUUGAAUAUCUUGUGGGUAAUCUCAUGGUGUCCUUCCCGUGGUGAUGGUGGGGAGAUUAGGGGAGGUGCUCUUGUUCUGAUUUCCUUCAUUAGCUUGGGACAACACAGACAACACAGUCAUCUUAGGGCCGUGCUGCCUUGGCUGGACUCCUUUCCCCAUGUCCCUGCUGUGAUCUUUUGAAUGUAAUUUUUAAAAUACUUUGGGAAACAACUUCUGCUCACUCAGGGUAGGAGGAUCCAGUUGCUCCCUUUCUGUCUUGUCCUGAUAACAGCUGUGUAUUGCUCUGAAGUACUGAAGCUGCUAUUAGAAGAAGAUGAAUGUGAGGGUGAAUGGGAGAAAAAUGUUCACCAAAGUCAUCUUCCCUUCCCUGUACUCAUUCUGUUGAAACCCAGGAGCCCUUGUGAGACUGGCUUGGCACUCUCUGGUUUAGUCAGCAGCGAUGUGGUGCUGCCUGGAAACUCAGCUGCUCGCUGAGGCUGCCCCUCGAAGUCGUGCUGCUGGUAACAGAAGGCCCAAGGCAGCAUUGCAUUCUUUGGAAUUCUGCCUGGGAAUCUUUCAGCUCGACAGUUUCCCUUUCCUAAAAGUCCACUAGCUGUUCGUUUUUCACUAUUUAAAUACGAUGUUACGGGUAACAGCUGCUGGGACCAGCAGCAGUUCAGUUUGAUAGAGCUUCACAAACCCAAAGUUGGUUCUGUAAAUCUCAUUUACUUUCUGAUUGUAAAAUGAGACAAGCACAUAUUUCUCAGGAAGGCCUUCUGCAUACGUCGUAUACCUCAAGUGUAAAUGGGAAGAUUUUAGUAUAUCUGUUUGUAAGUUAGAAAGUAUUUCUCUGCUUUUAACUUUAAUUUCCAAAUAGCUUGAUAUGAUCUUUUGAUUACGGGUUAUCUUCUGACUUGCUGUUCUAUACACUCAAGGAAUUGUUGAAUAGGAAUGAUUUUAUUCUACAAUCACUGAACUUGUAUAAUCUGCUGAUGAAUGAGAGUUAGUUUUAGUAAGUGUACAUAAAAGCAGUCAUCUUAUUGCCAAAUACCCAACAAAGCCAAUCCGUUUGUUAUUCUGAGUUUAUCCAAAAUGCUCCCAAGACUCAUGCUGUACCAAUAAUGAAACCCCUAAAUUCAUUCAGGAUGACAAAUGGACAACUUGUGUUCUUUCUGUUGUAUACACCAAAUUUUGUAAAGGACAAUUGGCAGCAUUUAUUGUAGGGAGUAUAUCCUUACUAAACCGAGAAGUAAGGGAGAAGCGUAUAUACCAAACCAGAAUGUAACUCACUGGACAGUCAUUCUUAAUACCUUCUGCACCAAGUCCUCUAAUGACUUGUAUUUUUUAAACAGGGUAAAGUGAAUGUGUUGCUUUGCAAACUCAGGUAUUAUGAGAAGGUAGGAAUGUAGCUAGAAAUGUAGAGAUGUUAGGUCAGUCACUAGAUGUAUUUGUGAAUUUGGUUUGAAGGACACCCUGGAAAGGUUGGAAUUUUUGUUCCAUUCUUCACGUAACAUUCGGUUUACAGGGCCUCAUAUUUUAUUUGUGCUUAAUGCUAGCAGGGGGAAGUUCAUUAUCUUUGGUAUCUAUCUGCUGUUGCUUAUCUGACCUUCUGUCAUAGAGGAAUCAAUCAACAAUAAUAGUCUUUGGUAGAAUUUUCUGCCAUGACAAGUCAAUUUUUAUCCCCGAUUUGAAAGAUAAAUUGGCUGACUGACCCCCUCCUCUCCUUCAUAGUAUUUGUGCAAAUGGAAAGCUGAAGAGUUACUUUUAAUCCGAGCAAAGAUCUGGGACAUAAAUUUGAAAAGCAGGGACUCACCUUUUCAGAAGAGCUCUGUGUAGGAACCUUGUUGCUGUUUUACAGCUCACAGCUUGUCAUCAGCAGAGAGAAUAGAGCAGAAGCUGCUGCUGCAGGUGAUGGGGGUGAGACCCCAGGACUUGAGCAGAAGCUCUGACAACUGCUGGCUAUUCCUUCCUCUGCUUGCUUUGGGUUGGGCUUCUGUCCCAGGAGCAGAGCCGUGUCCCUGUGGUGUGUCAGCAGCAAGAUCUUUCCUCGAGGCUGCUGCUCCGAGAUGCCAGGAGCCUUCCUAACCUGAUGGUCCUGGAAAUGACAACAGUGGCAUGCCGGGGCAGUCCCCGCAGCCAUUUUGCACACACACCAGCUGCUUUCUAAGGGUGAGCCAUGCUGGUGGCUGCCAUCUCACUUGUCUUUCCUUGCUGGCCUGCACUGCUGCUCAGGGGCAUUGCCUGCUGUGGGACCCAGCUGUAGCUCCAGCAUCUGUAGGUCUGAAGUGUUGAGCUUUUCCAGUCCGUUGUCAUGUAGAGACUGACGGGGAGCGACUGAGCCAUGGGGCGGGCACAGCCAGCUCAGGUUCACUAUGUGAAGUCUUGUCCUUCAAACCAACUUUUUUAAACAAAAAACUUGAAUUUCUUUUUAUUACAUUUUUUUUUAAACUACAAAACAAAGAAAAAAAAAAACCCUUCUGUGAAUGUGCUAUUUACCAUUCAUUCUUUCUUUCUUGGUUUUGAUUUGAAGCUAUGAAGCUUGGUGUCUGUGAAGUGUUGUUAUUUCUGUAUUUCUCAGGAUAAUAAGCGGCAAUCAUCCCUGCCAGGUCGAAGGCAGGAGAAAGGGGGAAACGUGGGGAACUACUUUAGGUGUGAAGCUGAUUUUUAAGUUGUAGAUGAUGUGUGAAUUGGGGGUGAUGCAUGAGACGUCAGCAUCAAGCCGUAGCGUUUCUCUGGGUUCUCAGUGUGUUGUUUGUAACACACAGCAGCUCAGGGAUAAGUAUUUAAACGUGACCCAGAGAAACCCUAAGUUUUGAUGUUGCGGUGGUUGCUUCUUUCAUGCCUUGUCUGGAGGAUCCUCUUAGAUCUGAUUGGAGCCUCCCCUGGAUAUCUGGGGGCUGGGAAGUGUGCUGCCUCCUGCUUAGCGCCCUGGGAAGAGCAAAGGGCGACGUGCUGUGCUCGUGGGGAGCUGCGCUUCCCCUAUGGGUGCAUCACUGCGGGGAGUGGGAGAUUCCCCCCCUGUGCUCCCAUGUCCAAAGCACCUCACAGUGGAACCGUUUUGGUUGGAAAAGACCUCUAAGAUCACCAAAUCCAACUGAUGUACCCCGUCUUUUUUUAUUUUUAUUUUUUGCCCUCUGUGUCAAAUGUGUUCAGAUGCUCACAGGAAAGCUAAAAUUGGGUGUUACUCAAUAGGACGGUCUCUGGCAGACAGUCCCAUUCCUGCAGUCAGUUGGUUACUUAGGAAUUGGAGCAUUUUGAUUUCCAGUUGGUGCAGCUUCCUCUUGGUGCUUCUCAGAGCACCAGCUCUCAGACCUGUGCACGGUGCUCACUGCGGCCGCCCCCAGCAGCACUGGGCCAGGGCCAGUGUGGACAGUGGGGCCACAAGCUGCUCCCUCAGCCGGCCCAGUGCCUGGGGUGCAUGCAGAGGUUACAGCCGAGCUGGGGGCCAAUGCAGGCAACGUCUCUGCUGUGAAAAUUGAAUAGAAAAAAACAAGAGAUACUGUGCAGUUGACCUCUAACAGGUCUAUGAAAGAAGCAACACGGUUCAGUGGCAGAAAUGCCCCCAAGGGCAGAAAGAAACAGAAAUUGAAACCAGAUGACGAUCAACCUUAACAAAGCCUUUUGUGAUUCAUUGUUUUCUUUCCAUUUAUAAUAUGUCUUGUAAUAGUUGAUAACAUUAUUGACUCAAUUUCCAUGACAAAACUACCUCGUGUGACAUCCUGUUUAUCAUCUCAAAGGGAUUGUGUGAAAAACAAAAUGCUGCCGGUGUUUGGUGCUGGUGCGGCCCAGAGGGAGCUCCGCAGUUGUUCCCUUGGUGCAGGAGGUGGCUCUGAUGGAGCGAUGCUCUGCCCCAUUGCCUGCCAGCGCUGAGUUGCAGGGUCGAAGCGCUGCGGUGCCACACAGGGCUGAGCUCCGCAUUCCCUUGUGGUGCAGAAUGAUGCAGGAUGUGCUCUGCUGGCUUGGCUUGCUUGGUGCCCAGCCUGGAGCAGGCUGCAGCCCCAUCCCUGCGCUGCUGGCCAGGGCUUCAUGGAGCUUUGCGUCCUGGCUUAUAGGGCGUGCCCAAAGCAAGAUGGUCCUAUUCCUUAGGACCCUCUGCAGAUGUUUCCAGCGAUGGUUUCUCCCAGCAGCACACUGUGUUUUUCCCACGAUCCCUUGUGUAAAUCAGGGAAGCAGGAUGUCUCCUGGCAUGGCAUGCUGUUACAGCUGGAGCUGGCCCGGCCUUGCCGCGGCCCCACCGGCGUCCCCCAGCCCACACGGGGCACGGUGCCGUCCCCGCUCCGCUGCUCCGCUCUGUGACUUGACUACCUGUGGAAAUGUGACCAAUAAGUGUUGAACGCAUGUUUAGCGAGUGUUAGCUGUAUGAACUAAUAAAUGUGAAUUGUUCUGCACCGCUG